AUCAGUGUGUUUAAUGACAACCGCCAUAGACAAAUGAAACGGUAUAACCGAAGUUCUCCACCAACAUCUGGCCAUGGCUACGUCGGCGACCACCACUUCCGCCGCUGCAAGUACCUAUCUCUGUCGACACCAUCUCUCCGUCGGAAGAAACUGCUCUAGGAAUUACGUCAGCUUUGCGAGGAAACCGACGGGUAGGUAUAGUGUAAGGAGUUCCGCCGAUGAAGUACCGUCGUCGUCUGCAGCGACUACGGAGGUUGAAGGAACGACGGAGAGUCAGAUUGAAGUACCAAAGGAACCUUCUUCUUUGAUCUCUGCUCUUAACGUCGAAAAAGCUCUUCGCGGAAUUGCCAUUACGGAUGCAGAUCACUAUGGUAUAUUAGGACUGAAAAAGGGAUGUUCAUAUGAUCAGGUUAAAUCUGCAUAUGAUCAAAAGCUGGAGGAGCUAAUGAACCAAGGAUUGGAACAAGAGGAGCUAAGCAAGAAGCUUGACCUCCUAAAAGAGUCAUACUCAAUCUUGUCGUCGGUCCAAGAGCGAAGGUUGUACGAUUGGAGCUUGGCAAGGAACGAGAACCCAGAUCGAUAUGCUUGGCCUUUCGAGGUUGACAUAACUCAAACCCCAAAUUCACCAGACACUCCUCCACCCCAGGAGCCUGAAGAUGUGGAGCCAACAAGACUUGUAGGAUACUUUUUUCUCACUUGGAUAAUCUUAUCCAUCACCUUAUCUGUUGCGUUGAAUCGUUAGGUUGGUGUUUCGGGUCAUGUUGAUGCCUAAAUCAUCGCAAAUGUAACAUCACAUAUGUUUUGGCAAACACCUACACCUUCGUCCUUGAUCUUC